CUGCGGCCGCUCCGCCGGCAACGCCUCCUUCAGCAAGCGCAUCCAGAAGAGCAUUUCGCAAAAGAAGCUCAAGCUGGACAUCGACAAAAGCGUGAGUGACGUUUGCGAAAAGAGACGAGAAAGAAAAGAAAUCAGCCACAAUGGGUGCUUUUAAGACCGCUUUGCCCUGCUGGGUUCUCUUCUUCCGUACAAGAGCGCAGCUGGAUGUUAGCCGGUUGAUUGACAGCUAACGUUAAAAUAACUCGGAAAGUCCCAACUAGAUUACUACAUAACUUUUUUUAGUUAUUUAUUUAGCCGCCAUGUUUGGUUACUUUUGGUCAAGUGAGUUUAAUGAAAUGUUGUUUAUUCAGGAUAAUUAAUUUAUUUUAUUUUUUUAAAGAAAGCCGAGCCAAUGUUAGCCGCGUUAGCUAGCCAAGCUAACAGCCGAGGCAACUUUAGUGCCACUUUCCAACGAGGACAUAUUGUGUGAAAACUAAAAAGUGACAUUCCUAAACCCUUGUAAAACCUUUUGAUUCGUUGCCAGUCUGUUGAGCUUGAAGUGUAUUCGGCAUGUCCUGAUGUUCAUUCAUCACAUGUCCCAACUCCCAAGAAUGUAAAGUGCUUUUUGAGGAUUAUUCAUGGAAAAAAAAUACAAUUACACUACGGAUGCACCGGCACUUGUAGUGGAUCCUGUAUGUCUUUACAAUACUAUGUACUUGUAAAAAUGCUGUGAUACUGCACACAGAUAUGAAGGACAUCCUUAGUGGUGGUAAGCUACUUGUGUAGCCACAGCUGCGGCAGUCUAACCGAAGCGUGGCUGCCAUUCUGCACCUACAGCCCCGCCGACCACCACCAAACAUCCAACCGCAUUCAUUUCAAGGCAAUAUGUGUUUUAAGUGUCUUGCACAAGGAUGCAAUGCAUGUUGUGUUGAAAAUUUUAGGACCCCUUUUACAAAAAACAUUUGUUUUAAAGUAUAACCGGGUUGCUUUUUCAGACAAAGGAGUUUGGAGCCUAGAAACGCAAACGGGUGUAGGGACUGUUUACAGUACACAGGUUGUUUUGUUUUUUUCCUACAUCAAACGGCCCAAGAAUGAUUUGCAAACAGUAACGUAUGACUCAAAUACAUUAAGUAACAGGCACCGGAUGACGUUGCCUUUUUGAGCUUCGGAUAAGGCGAAAAUGCACUUGAGGCCAACUGCGUUUCUACGUGGACGGAGAUGGGCGUCGGAAAGCUGUAUUGAAACAUUCAGGGUCCCGUGCAAGACUUGAGAACUACCCGCUCGAUGCUUUCCUGACCCGCCAACUUGGAAGAACGCGUGCUGCGUCACAUGCUGGAAGCCAUGUCGGAGGAAUGCCGUGCACGCUUACACCAUCAAGGUCACGGGAGGACAGAGUGAAAGGAACUUUCCAGUGGGCACUCGGCGCGAGUGACCUGAUGGUGCGCCACUUGUACAUCUGUGACUUCCACAAGAAUUUCAUCCAGAGCGUGCGCAACAAGAGGAAGAGGAAGACGAGCGACGACGGCGGCGAGUCCCCGGAUCACGACGUGGAGGUGCCAGAGGUGGAUCUGUUCCAGCUGCAGGUGAACACGUUGCGGCGCUACAAGCGACACUACAAGCUGCAGACCAGGCCCGGCCUCAACAAGGCCCAGCUGGCCGAGACGGUGAGUCGUCACUUCAGGAACAUUCCGGUGAACGAGAAGGAAACGCUGACCUACUUUAUUUACAUGGUGAAGAGCAGCAAGAGCCGCUUGGACCAGAAGGGCGACGGCGGUGGCAAACCGCUGGACUAAAAAAAAAAAAAAAAAAUCCCCCCCAAAAAAACGCGACCAACAAACAUGACAAGACAGCGUCAAACAACCAAAAACUGGAUCCUCCCACAACCGCCAUUUGGUCUCCUUGGAUGAAAUUUUUUGACACUGUUGCUACCAUCCGUGUAUCAUCCUUUCCUUGUCCCAAGCAUUUGCGACUUGAGCGCCAGGACUCACUUGGACUUUGCCUACCGUCCUUCGACUGUUUCCAUGUCUUCUGGGACAAAUGUGGGAAAACCUGACAGAAAAAGACUCACUCUCCAGCCGACAGAAUGACUCCUUUAAACCCGUCGGGAAAGCCACCGUGACGUACUUUUAAAAAUGUCCUCGAUUUAGACCUUAAGGAACCCGGACAGGACUGUUGACAUUUUGCAUGUGGUCUUUUCCCCACCAAGAUGCACACCGUAUAUUGAGAUUGUUAGUGCUAAUUGUUAGCACUGACACGCUGAAAGCCCUUGGCCCAGUGUUUAAAUAAAUCCCUGUACAGAAAUGUUUAUUGCUAAUUGUUAGCAAUGACAUGCUAAAAGCUCUUAGCCCAGCGUUUAACUCUCUUGCAAUGUUGCGGGUCAAAUUGACCCAUUGUAGUUGCACAUUUUGGGGAUCUACCUACCCACCCACCCACCUCCCGCCAUUUCGGCCACUUUUUGAGUAAUGUUUCAAAUUGACCCAAAUUGAAUGUGACAGGAGAGUUCAAACAAAACAGUGUACAAAGGUUGUUGGCACUUAAACGCUGAAAGCUCUUGGUCUAGUGUUUAACCCUCCUGUUAUGUUGUGGGUCAAAUUGACCCAUGGUAAAAUGUCUUUGAAAAAUAGUAAGUGUAGUGUCUUAACUACAUUUUUUUUUUUUCUUCCUCUGUUUCUGACACUAACUGGGUCAAAUUGACCCAGGAAAACUACUUCUGUUCCAGAGAAACCAAUGUUACAAGAGGGUUAAAUAAAGCCCUGUUUGGGGGUGUCAAACUCAUUUUUGGCACGGGCCACAUCGUAGUUAUGGUUUCCCACCGAAGACCGUUGGUUAUGACCGAAACCAUAUCCUGUAAAUCUAUAUUCACCUCAUGUUACAAAUAUUUAACAAAUUGAAAUUAACUAGUUUUGAAAUCAGAAGCUAAUAAAAACUAUUCAGUUGUUAUUUUAAAA